AGCCGAACAAGUGCUUCUUGCAAAGCAUGUCCACCAACUCACACAAGUAACGACUUGGCGGGCAGCAAGAGCAUACAGUCGUCUAGAGCAUACAGUCGUGUCAAAGGCCCUGCGUGGCUUGGCUGAGCCAAAAUGGCUCUCGUGCCAGCCGCUCCCUUUUUGCUCCUAUAAGAAGUCCCAUUCUUCGGGCUUGAUCCUGCUCCUCCUUCUGCUGCACAGACCUUUGACCUCUCACUCUCGUAGACGCGCAACACCCGACAUUGAACCCUAAGAGCAGACUCCUCUUGCAACUAUUCGCAUUCCAACGACAGGAUGAAGUUCCCCCUGCCCACGCUCACUCUUUUGGGCUUCGUCGUUCCGACGAUCGCCCACCCAUCGCCACCGUGGCAGAGCCCGCACGUCUCGAGCAACCUUUCACGUAGACACUCCUAUGGUUCUGCAGCACACUCAAAGCUGGCUGCACGCGCUGAUGCUGUAACCCAGCCAGAUGUCGGGCAAUACAUCCUGGAUCCCAAGUUCAAGAUCACUGCUACUCCUCAAGUUCGCGAGUACUACCUCAUCGUCAAGGAUGGAGAAGCAAGUCCUGAUGGCGUCUCCAAAACGGUAUACGCUUACAAUGGUACCAUGCCAGGUCCCGUCAUUGAAGCGAGUACUGGCGACACCCUUCGUAUCACCAUCGAGAAUCAAUCCGACCGCAACCACCUGACCCACUUCCAUGGCAUUCCUCAAGUAGGCACCAAUUGGGCCGAUGGUCUUCCUGGCCUCACAAAUUGUCCACUUGCUCCUGGCGUGAAGCAGACUUUCGAGUUCAAGGCGCCAGAGGAAUUUGGCACUUACUGGGGACACUCUCACGUUGCGCUGGGAUACACCGAGGGACAAGUAUUCCCCAUCGUCAUACACAGCCCCGACGACCCAUACAAGCGCGGCAAAGACUUUGACGAAGAAGUCGUCAUAGUGCUGCAAGAUUGGUAUCACACACCCGCUUCGGUGUUCGAAAAGCAAUUGCUGAGCGUUGACGGCUACAAUAAUUCCAUCGCUGCACCGCCACACGACUCCAUUCUGAUCAAUGGUCGAGGUCGCUUUACCAACGCUACCCUCGACUCGAACGUACCCUGGCCUCAGCUCGCACUCAAGCCAAGCACCCGCUACCGUUUCCGCUUCAUCGGUGCUCUCUCUCAUGCACAAAUUCGCGUAUCUCUGGACAAGUACAACUUGGAUCUCAUCGCAGUCGACGCAACGCCAGUCGUGAAGAAAAGCUUGAAGCGACUUCAUGUCAAUGGUGGACAAAGAGCCGAUGCUAUUUGGAAGAGCCCGUCGAAGGGGCAACUUUGGCUGCGCGCGGAAGCUCAGACGCAAUGCUACGCGUACACUGAUGGUUCGCUUCCAUUCGGCUUGCUGGCGGUCAAGAUCCUCAAUGCCAAUGGAACUGUGCCUAAAGGCAGCCCGACGACCUCUACGACGGCCGACACUGGUCCAGAGGCAUGUCUUGAUCUACCCGAUUCGGAUCUGGUUCCGGUGAAGCGCAUCGGUGCCUACAAGGUGGAAGGCGGGCCAGCCGCGGUUUUCACCAACAACUUUGGCGUCAUUAACACCACGACCGGGGGGACUGGCACAAUCGGCGCUCCAGGCCAGCUGGUCAACGACACCGUCAACGGAGUCUCGGCGCAGCUCCCUAUCUGGUACCCACCUAUUCAAGCCUUGGAGGAUGGCAAAACGCCCGUGAUUACCUAUGCUACUCAAACGUUUGAUGACAAGUACGCAGUAGGCGACAUCAUUUGGAACAAUCUCGACCGGACUCAACAUCCCGUCCAUGUUCACGGAAACACGUUCCAGAUCAUCGCCCGUGGCAAUGGCACCAUGACCAACAGCAAAUGGCAAACGCUCAGGACCAGCAGCCAAUACGCUCUAGCAAAUCCAGUGCGCCGCGACACUCUGAUUCUCCCUCAGCAAACCUGGGCUGUGGUACGCAUUUUGUUGGACAACCCUGGAAUCUGGGCACUCCACUGCCACAUCAACUUCCACGCGCUCUCCGGAUUUCUUGGCGCCAUGAUCGUGCAUCCCUCCGCGGUCGCCAAGGCGCGCACCCCAGACGAAUACCGCACCACGUGUUCAAGAGGCGCGCAAAUCACGAACGGUACCCCCAACACAACAGCACCCCCUUAGAGUGCCUUCGAGCCACCUUGUGCCGCACAACAUGGACGUUUCUCUGGGACGAAGAGUGCUUUUUAGAGUGCCUCGAUGUGCGUCGUUCCGCAAGAUUACCAUACACCUUGAAAAUCUUAGUCCGCUUCUUCGCUACACUCCCGAAAUUCUGAAUUACUUUCUCCGUACAUCUACAAGAGACUAUCACCGUGUAAUAACCUUGCUUCACCGAUCAGAUGACAUCUCUUGGUGAGAUCACUUGGCCUUAGGUCGUGUGUCAAGGACUGAGAGGAAAGCAUCUUGAGGCACUUGAACGCGUCCGAAGCUCAUCUCUCGAAGGCGCUUCUUGCCUUCCCUGCAAAUAGCCAGACAUUUCGUAAGCAUUCCAUCUCGCCAGGGGCGAAGUAUUUGUGAAGCCUACGCACUUUUGUUUGGUGAGAUGUU